AUGACAACGGAAGCAGACCUGGCCACUGCCGCCGACCCGCGGACCCGCCGGCCCAAGACAGUCAUGUACGCCGAGCUGAUGAAGCCCGACGAAGACUGGCGGAACCUCCCGGACACCGCGGAGCGAAGGAAAAUCCAAAACCGUCUUGCCCAGCGGGCCUACCGUAGAAACAUGCGUGACAAGACAAAGGAAGUUGAGCAACUAAGGAAGCAGCUGCAGGAGCUUCAGGAAACGGAGCAGCAUCAAGAGGAGCAGUCAUCCGCCUCGACGUUGCUGAUUCGAGAUGGGGCAAAUAGCAGCAGCAGCAGCAGUAGCAGCAGCAGCAAGAUAAGAGACGGCGAGGCAGCACAGGCAGACAAGGCCUGGUCCCGGCAGUCAGAACGCCACAGAAGUGGGUUCAAGCCCGCUCCCGUGAACGACGACCCGGUAUCAUUUGACGACUUGAACACGUCUCCCACCAUGUCCGAAACGGAAGACUUUGGAUUCUAUCCAGCACCGGGUAAUUUCGGUUCAGAAUACCACAAGAAGCGCCAGCAGGUGCAUCAUCAUCAUCAUCAACAACAACAACAACAACAACAACUGCGGCACACCCAACACGCGGACGGCGGUGAUGUGCCGGCCCCUCCUUCGAGACAAUCGAGGAAAGACGGCGGUUGGCCCCAUGAUCCCUCCGUUACUAUCAACCGCCGGGACUCGGGGUCCACCCACGGCCGGCACACUCCGGGCUCGGGCUUCGACAGACCCGAUUUCUUCCAUCUCUUGCAUCCGAACAACACAGAACUGCACUCCCCUCUUGGAACCAGCCUGGUGGCGUCGACAAUCAGCCAUCUCGAUAGAGACCUGGAGAUGCCUCCGGGAUGGUACCCCUAUGCCGGCUCGCGAUCACCGUCAAAAUCCGUCAGGAAGCAAUCCUUUCCGGGUCUCGCUCUCAGCUAUGACCUCAACCAGGCGGAAAGCCGCCAGGGAACACAAUCGCCGCCGCCACCGCCACCGCCACCGCCACCCUCAUCACUGCCGCAGCCCACUCCCUGUGCUUCACAACCAUCCGUUGCCAGUCCUCAACCUCUUCUCCCCAAGCCCACUGUGCCGCUCCUGCACCUGUCCAUCGCCUCGGGCCAGCUCGAUACGCUGCGCCUGCUGCUGCAGCGCCAGGACAUAGCCAUAAACUGCAGAGACAGCUCCGGGUUCACCCCGUUGCAGCGGGCAGUGAUGCUGGGUCGCACCGACAUGGUCGCCCUGCUGCUGGAGCACGGCGCAGACUUGAGUAACGGGAUCCAAGAAGGGCAGCACUUGGACAUAGCCUCGGGGUCGAGGUCCGAGACUGACUAUACAAUGUACACUUCUUGA